AUGAGUGGUGCAGCAGAGAACACAGAUGGUGUGCAGGCUGAGCUUCCAACAGAUGCCGGUGUGGAUGCCAUCGCUCUGGGCGAAACCAAAGAGCGUUUGAUAACGGCUGAAGCACAUCCGACAAAAAUCGAAGAUGCGGAUGCGGAUGGCGAGGCGGAUGAGGACGCUGAAGGGGAAUUAGACGAUGGAAUCACCGCAAAUGGGGCAGAGUCUGCGCCUGGAUUGAAGGAUGAGGGCUCGUCGCAAACAGCGCCUGCUCAGCCCAGCUCUACGCCAGCCACAAAGACUGAAGAGACUUCUGCAGACGACGAUAGCGACGUUGGAAUGGAAGAUGACGAUAGCGAUGACGUCCCACCUGAAGGCCCACAGACCUCGACCGGCAACACUCAGCCGAAAGCUGAUGAUGCUAGCUCCAGUCAGUCUGGCCAGCCCGACGGUCUUUCGAGCCAACAAGCGAUAGAGAUGCUCAGCAACGGCACCUCUGAGGGCUCCACAGCAAUGUCAGAUGCGAUGCGUGCUGCCAUGGCCGCACUGAGCGGAGUCAGCCCCGUGACCCGAGACGACGGGCAAUCGGCUGCAGUCAAGCAAGAGGCGACGGCAGCUCCAGCAGAGAGCACAUUUGCGCCAACGCCAGAUACAGCUAAAGCAGCCCCCGCUCCAGCUCCCGCUUCGGCUCCCGCUUCUGCGCCUGCAGCUCCUGCCGCUGCAAAAGGUCCAGAAGAACGGCGAAAUGAAUUGACUCUGCGAGUGACUCGAGAGCCCCGUGAUGGUGAUGCUUGGCUGCUGCUCAUCGAGAAUGCGAUUGAGGCUGGGGACAUUGAUGCUGCAAGAGCCCGAUACGAGGAUUUCUUCAAGGUAUUUCCCAACGCAGUGAGUGUGCUUGAUCGCCAUUGUUGGUGCAUGCUUCCUGGUGGUUCACGUUGCGGUCGACUUAUGGCUUCGUUAUCCCCGGCACAACCUUGGCAGUCUCGUCAAUGGCAGAACUACGCGCAGCUCGAGCUCUCGCUAUCUCACACCACUUUUCCCUUGGUGGAGUCAAUCUUCACGAGAUGCUUGCGGACUACGCCUUCCGUGGACUUGUGGUCCUCCUACCUCUCAUACACGCGGCGUGUAAAUCCUUUGCCACCAUCUUCAGUUCCUACCGAGGAGCGCGAGAAAGCACGAAGGACGAUCGAAGGCGCAUACGAAUUUGCGCUUAAAUUCAUCGGCCAUUCUCGAGACGCCGGAGAAGUUUGGCGCGAGUACAUUCAGCUGUUGAAAGACCGAGAGGUGGCGCCAAACAACCAGUGGCAGGCUGGUCAAAAGAUGGACGACAUUCGCCGCGCGUACCAGCAAGCCGUAGCCAUUCCCUUGUCGAAUGUCGAGGCUGUUUGGAGGGAGUAUGAUCAAUAUGAGACGGGUUUGAACAGGAUAACGGUGCGUAAACUCCAUUGUUGCGGCGUCUGAGCCUCUUGCGGGCGCCACGAGCUUACCAGCGUACGCAUACGAUCCUUCUUUCUCGGCGACUUGCAAUGGCUAUCUGCCUUGACCGUCGUUGCUAUUCUCAACGGCUGCCACGCAUCUUGUGCUCUUGGUCUUGGCGCGGCACGCUGCUGCUUGCCCCGAUCUGUCAAUGGACAUUUUCUGCCAAUUUGACGUGCUGCUUGCUGUGGCGUUCGUUGAUGGACUGGGCUGGCGCUGCUCAUCUCGUGCAAUUGUCUGGCGCGUAUUGACGUACGCAACGUCUUGGCGGUAUGUCCCUUCCGUUUGGCGCCCACUGCUCUGCAUCUACGCAGGCCAAGAAAUUUCUUGCGGAACGCUCGCCUGCUUACAUGACUGCUCGAAGCGCAUUAAAGGAGAUGCGAUCUUUGACAGAAAUUCUGCAUCGCCCAAUCUUGCCCCGCGUUCCAACGUGGGCUCAAUCCGCUCUGCAACGACUUCAACAAGGCAGCGAUGCCGGUGCUAUUGCGAUUCGUUCGCGAGCUGCUCAGCGCGAGAGGGGACAAGCAGAGAGCUGGAAGAGGUAUCUCAAGUGGGAAGAGAGCAACCCUCUAGAGCUCGAGGAUUUGACUACGCUCCACACGCGGAUAAUCAUGGCGUACAGGAAAGCGACUAUGCACAUGCGGUUCUUUGCUGAAAUUUGGUGAGAGUCUUUGGUUCCUGCCACCCUUGCAAGCAAGCAAGUUGACCUCUCUUGGCUGCAACCCGCCGAUUGCAGGUACAUGGCCGCGCAGUACCUGGAAGGUGCUGAGCGUCAGGAUGACGCCAAGUCUUGGUUAAGAAUUGGGAUGGGCGCGUGUCCCGGAAGGUAAGCUGCUUAUAGGGGCUUUGCAUUGCUCCCCAGCUGGCUCACUCUGCACUGCUCUGCAGCUUCUUGCUGCGCUUUGCCUACAUCGAGCUCUGCGAGGCGACAAACGAGACGUCGGCCUGUGCAUCGGUCUUUGCUGAGCUUUUGGAGCACGUGCAUGGCCAGAUCGAAGCUGUGCAGGAGUUUGUAAAGUCAAAGCACGAGAAGAUUGACGAAGAAGGCGUUGCCGCAGCUGCGGAAGCUGCAGCAAAGCGCAAAGAUUCUGGUGAAGCUGAUGAGAACGUCGGCGGCGACGAACGUGAAGGAAUCAGAAAAGCCGAGGAGGUUCGGACACAGAGGAAGAAGGUUGAGGAUGAGAAUGCCAAGCCUGUGCUUGAAGAACUUAAAGAGUCGGCAGCUCUGGUUUGGAUCAAGCAGAUGCACCUUGUCCGUCGGAAUGGGGUGAGUCCUGCCAGCAAUCACUGCCCCGUAGUCCUGCCAGCAAUCACUGCCCGUCAAUCUUCGCGCACAGUUUGACUCUGCUUUCCUAUCUCAAUCAGGGAGUGCGUCCCUGCAGAGCUAUCUUUGGCAAGGCACGCAAGAGCCCGCACUGCACGUGGCAGGUCUACGAGGCGAAUGCGUUGAUGGAGUAUCACUGCUCAAAGGACGUGGGGGUAGCGACGCGAGUCUUUGAAGUUGCACUCAAAACGUUUGGAAGUGAUGAAGCUUUCGUCGUCCGAUACCUCGACUUCCUUAUCAGCAUCAACGAUGACAAUAGUAAGUCAUUGGCUGAAAACAGGCCGAGACACGCAAAAGACGGAGACCGUGCUCAGAAUUUCUUUAUGUACUUCAACAGACGCUCGCGCUCUGUUCGAGAGGACUGUCAAUUCUUUCGAGCCGAAUCGCGCUAGACCUCUGUGGGAUCGCUGGUGCGACUACGAAUACAGCUUUGGCGACCGUGCGGCUAUUCAAAGACUAGAGCAACGUCUUCGAGAAGUCUACCCAGACGGUAAGUCAGCCCAUUAUUCUCGUGCUUCUGUGGGACUACGCCUGACCUUGAGUCCCUCGCAGAGCCCGCUAUCAAGCGUUUCGUCGAUCGCAACACGUACAUGGACUUGGACGUGAUCAGUUCGAAAGAUCUGGGCUUUGAGGCGAGCUUGGACGGUGCAAAUGCAGCGGAUCGAGCAGUAGCUGCAUCGCGAAUGGCGUUUGAUGAUGGCUCUAGCGUGGGUGCGGGUAUGGCAGCAGCCAAUGCCGCUGCAGAAUCUGCCCGCGCCGUUACGGGGGCGAAGCGAGAGUUCAACGAAGACGCGCCUGGUGCGAUCGCUAGCAACGGUCAAGUUGAGAGGGCCGCAGGCCAGAAGCGCGCACGCUUCGAGGAUGAUGCCCCUGGUGGACGAAGGAGAAGCGUAAGCCCGACGCCGAGAGCGCCCAUUCCCACGCGGUCUGGAGACUUGGUUCCUGUGCAGCAGCAGCAGCCCAUGGCGUAUGGCAACCGAGGCGCGCCAUUACCCCCUCAAGGAGGGCCCCAAGGCCAUCUGGGUGGCCGCGGACCACCGCCUGCAGCCGCUGUACCAGCACCACAAGCUCCGCCCUUUUCGGAGCCCAUUCUUUUCUUCAUGGAGUAAGUGCAAGGCUGGCAUCCAGCCCUGAUCACUCAAUGAACUGUUUUGAUCUCACAAUCUUCACGUCGUUUAUACCCGGCAGUAUAUUACCCGGAGCACGAUUCUUCGGGCCACCUCUGCUCCCCGUCGAUGAAGUGAUCAAUUGUCUGCGAGAAGCCAGCGUCGCCCUGCCGCCACCCGGCAAUGGUGGCGGCGACGCGUAUGGACGAGCUCCCGCUGGUCAACCAGGCUGGGCAAACCGUGCCAACAGGACUGGAGGAGGUCGUCCUCGAGGGGGAAGGCGCUUUUGA